AGUGGUGUUUAAGAAGUUAGAAAGCAGACUCUGCUGCAUUAACAGUGCUCCAAGAAGCUUAGCUGGACAACUGAUCAGCAGAGAUGGCUUGGGAUGGAGGACUUGAGCCUAAUGGCACAGAGGGCAAAAACUUCUACAUCCCCUUGAACAACAAGACAGGACUCGUGAGGAGUCCUUUUGAAUAUCCGCAGUAUUAUUUGGCAGAUCCAUGGUUCUUCAGAUUGCUUGCUUUCUAUAUUUUUUGCCUUGUCAUUACUGGAUUCCCCAUCAACUUUCUGACACUGCUGGUCACCGCUCAAAACAAGAAGCUCCGACAACCUCUCAACUUUAUCCUGGUUAAUUUGGCAGUGGCUGGACUGAUCAUGGUCAUAUUUGGAUUCACAGUCACCAUUUUUUCUUGUGUCAAUGGCUAUUUCGCCUUGGGUCCUUUGAGCUGUGCUAUUGAAGGAUUCAUGGCUACAGUUGGAGGUCAGGUAUCUCUGUGGUCUCUUGUGGUUCUUGCUGUUGAGAGAUACAUUGUGGUCUGUAAACCCAUGGGAAGUUUCAAGUUUACAGCUACCCAUGCAGGAGUGGGUUGUGCUUUUACCUGGAUCAUGGCUUUGGCCUGUGCUGCCCCCCCAUUGUUUGGCUGGUCAAGGUACAUUCCUGAGGGAAUUCAGGUUUCCUGUGGACCUGACUACUACACUCUGGCCCCAGGAUACAACAACGAAUCUUAUGUCAUAUACAUGUUCACCUGCCACUUCUGUGUCCCUGUCUUCACCAUCUUCUUUACCUAUGGAAAUUUAGUCUUUACAGUGAAGGCCGCUGCAUCCCAACAGCAGGACUCAGCUUCUACCCAAAAAGCUGAAAAGGAAGUGACACGCAUGUGCAUCCUGAUGGUUUUCGGCUUCCUCUUGGCCUGGACCCCAUAUGCUUCCUUUGCUGCAUGGAUCUUCUUCAACAAGGGAGCUGCAUUCACAGCCACAGCCAUGGCUAUCCCUGCUUUCUUCUCAAAGAGCUCAGCAUUGUUCAACCCCAUCAUCUACAUCCUCAUGAACAAACAGUUUCGUAACUGCAUGCUUUCAACAGUUGGAAUGGGUGGUAUGGUUGAAGAUGAGACCUCAGUAUCAACCAGCAAGACAGAAGUCUCCUCCGUUUCUUAAAAAUACUACCUACAUAUCUCCAGCCAUACUCCUUCCUGACUUUUCUCUCAUUCCGAAUGACUGUCUUGACAUGGGCAUGAGAAAAUGGAUACAAGUUCAUUUUUAUCUGCAGGAUUUUACUGUAAUUGUUCCUUACUAUUGUAUGUGAAAACUUGAUUCUAAGUUUUUUUUUUUUUUUGAUGGGAUAAGAAUCCCCAUUGUAUAUUUGUGACAUAAAGAGGUUUUCGUAGCUUCUGUCAUGAUAUUCUGUUUAUAUUUUAUAAACAAAAGCCUAGGAAUAAUAUAUUAAAUGCA